GUCAUCGAAAAUCGCAACUCAAUCAGUUCUACAAACGUAGUUAAAACUGAAUCUAUUUGAAAUUAUCAAAAUUAGUGCAAAAGAUUGGAUCAAAUAGUUGUUCGGUAUACAGAGCUCCCUUGGCUGCCAUAGUUUGAUGGCAGAGUCCCCAAUUGGCAAACAAUUCGAUCAAUCAAGCUAAUGAACCAGAGCCCAUCAUGAACACUCAGGUGGUGGAUGGUGGGCCAGUUUACACUCUGGAUGAGGCUCUUUCCGGUGUGGGUUUUGGGAGAUUUCAAUCUCUGGUGCUGGCUUAUGCCGGCCUUGGAGCCAUGGCUGAGGCAAUGGAGGUGAUGAUCCUCUCUUUUAUUGGCCCUUUUGUGAAAGCUGAAUGGGGGCUUUCCUCAGGCCAGGAGAGCUUCACCACCACCAUGGUCUUUGCUGGUAUGCUAAUUGGGGCUUAUUUUUGGGGCAUAUUGUCUGAUAAUUACGGUAGAAGGGUAGGCCUUCUAAGUGUUGCUGUGGUGACUAGCAUAUUUGCUUUCCUCAGUGCCCUCUCCCCGAAUUAUAUUUUGUUGAUCCUCUUCCGAAUGGUAGUUGGCAUUGGUUUGGGCGGCGGACCUGUGUACUCAACCUGGUUUCUUGAGUUUGUACCCGUGCAAAAUAGGGGCAUCUGGAUGGUUAUCUUCUCCACUUUCUGGACAAUCGGAACAAUACUCGAGGCUUCAUUGGCAUGGAUCGUUAUUCCUAGAUUGGGAUGGAGAUGGCUUCUUGCAGUAUCAUCAGCACCCUGUUUUGCAGCACUUGUCUUAUAUUUCUUCACGAUAGAGACUCCGAGGUACCUAUACAUGCAUGGAAAGAUCGGUGAUGCGCAUGAUGUCUUGAAGAAAAUGGCAACGAUCAACAAAACCGAGCUUCCUUCUGGCGAACUUGUUUCUGUGAAGAUGAGUAACCUGAACGAGGAUUUUACUCCUUCGGAAGGCACCCUAUUACUUCACAACAGGGAACAACAGACCAAAUCGGGAUGCUCCUCGAUAUUCACUCUCUUUUCGCCAAGUUUAGUCAAAACAACCCUUCUCUUAUGGGUGGUUUAUUUUGGCAAUUCAUUUUCCUAUUAUGGUGUUGUGUUGAUGACCUCGGAGUUAAGCAGUGGAGAAAGUAAAUGCCACACGAGUUCGCAUCCAAACCUCAUGACAGAUUCCAGCCUCUAUAUAAAUGUAUUCAUCACCAGCCUUGCAGAGCUUCCCGGCCUCGUUUUAUCAGCAAUACUAGUGGACAAAAUCGGUCGCAAGAUGUCAAUGGUGGUUAUGUACUCUUGUGGAUUCGUAUGCCUUUUACCGUUGAUGUUCCAACUGCAACAAGCUGUGGUCAUAUCUCUACUGUUUGGAGCUCGAAUGUUCAUCAUCGGUAACUAUACUGUGGCUGGUAUCUACUGUCCAGAGUUAUAUCCGACGUCGGUGAGGACAACGGGAGCUGGUGUUGCGAAUGCUGUGGGGAGAAUUGCAGGGAUGAUAUGUCCUCUUGUAGCUGUGGAGCUCGUCUCUGGUUGCCAUCAAAUGGCAGCAAUAACUUUAUUUGAAAUUGCAAUACUUCUUUCUGGAAUUAGUGUGCUUUUCUUCCCAAUUGAAACCAAAGGAAGAAAGCUGAGUGAUUCUGUCACACAAAAUAUAUAGACUUGGAUAGUAAUUAUGCAUAUAUCAACCCAAAAUAUUAUUCAUAUAUUUACCACGAUAUCAAACAUUCAUGUUAUAAAGUUGUAA